GGCGUGUAAUAUUGCGUUUUGUACGUUCCUUGCAGUCUUCAGGAUGCCUGAGCCAGCGAAGUCCGCUCCCGCGCCCAAGAAGGGCUCCAAGAAAGCGGUGACCAAGACCCAGAAAAAAGGGGACAAGAAGCGGCGCAAGACCAGGAAGGAGAGUUACUCCAUCUAUGUCUACAAGGUGCUGAAGCAGGUUCACCCCGACACCGGCAUCUCCUCCAAGGCCAUGGGCAUCAUGAAUUCCUUCGUCAACGACAUCUUCGAGCGCAUUGCUGGGGAGGCGUCCCGCCUGGCGCAUUAUAACAAGCGCUCCACCAUCACCUCCCGGGAGAUCCAAACCGCCGUGCGCCUGCUGCUGCCCGGGGAGCUGGCCAAACACGCCGUGUCUGAGGGCACUAAAGCUGUGACCAAGUACACCAGCUCCAAGUAAGCAGGGGCUGUGCACUCUCCGGGAAGUCUGACACCUAAAACCCAAAGGCUCUUUUAAGAGCCACCCACUUUCUCAAUGAGAGCUUCAGUCACUGUUUCAUUAGCAGAAAAUAGCUAAAACGCACAAUCCCUUAAAACAUGCCUUGGCUAUGUAAGGUAAAUGUUAAUUACUUUCCUUGAGCUUAACACCUAGUAAAGUGCAUCGUGUAAGCGGAUCUGGGGUAAACCUAGCUAAUAAGGGGCUUUUAAUUCUGUGAAUAUACAAAGUACUUUUCUCUUAGCUACUUAGAAUAUGCAUUGGUUAAAUACAUGUAGCUUGUAGUACGAGCAAACUCUGAACAGGAACUGCAAAACCCUCAGUCCUGGCCGACACGCGUUUCUUACUAAGCAAGCGAGGGUGAAUGAGCACGGAAAGGACACACAAAGAAAAGGAGGACUUGUGGCACCUUAGAGACUAACCAAUUUAUUUGAGCAUGAGUUUUCGUGAGCUACAGCUCACUGCAUCGGAUGCAUACAGAGGUCUUCACAUUUCACACAGCUGCGGAAGAGCUCCCAUCUUUAUUCCUUUCAUGCCUGAAACCCAGUGUGUUGUAUGGAUGGUCGUUCAUAGACCAAAUAAACCCGUUUUUUUGUUUUAAUACCAGA